AUGGCACCAACCAAGACAGCCGGAGGCCAGGAGCCGAGCGACAAGUUCCUAAAGCACCAGGCUGAGGCUCAGGGUCUCGGCGCUGAAACCGCGUCCGCACACAAAGAAGGUCAUGCACCAGGCGAGGCGCCUGUCGCCUCAGACAGCGGCCUGCCAGGUAAAGGGAACACAUUCGAGGAAGCAGCGGCUGGUACGGGAAACUUGACCACCACGAAUGAUGUCGGCCUCACUGGGCUCAAGUCUGCGGAGCCUGGUAGUGCCGCGCCGGGUCCGGAUUUGAAAGGUGCAUAA